CUGCCUCUACGGCUGAGGAAGCAGCCAAGAAAAAGAGGCGGAAGAAAAAGAAGAGUAAAGGAGCUGGAGCAGCAGGGCAACAGGAACCUGAUAAAGAAUCAGGAGUCUCAGUGGACGAGGUAGCAAGACAGUUGGAAAAGCAAGCAUUGGAAGAUAAAGAAAGAGAUGAUGAUGAUGAAGAUGGAGAUGGUGAUGGAGAUGGAGCAACUGGAAAGAAGAAGAAAAAGAAAAAGAAGAAGAGAGGACCAAAAGUUCAAACAGACCCUCCCUCUGUUCCGAUAUGUGACCUGUAUCCUAAUGGUGUAUUUCCCAAAGGACAAGAAUGCGAAUACCCACCCACACAAGAUGGGCGCACAGCUGCUUGGAGAACUACAAGUGAAGAAAAGAAAGCAUUAGAUCAGGCUAGUGAAGAGAUUUGGAAUGAUUUUCGAGAAGCAGCAGAAGCACAUCGACAAGUUAGAAAAUACGUUAUGAGCUGGAUCAAGCCUGGGAUGACAAUGAUAGAAAUCUGUGAAAAGUUGGAAGACUGUUCACGUAAGCUAAUAAAAGAGAAUGGGCUAGAUGCAGGCCUGGCAUUUCCUACUGGGUGUUUUCUCAAUAACUGUGCUGCCCAUUAUACACCCAAUGCUGGUGACACAACAGUAUUACAGUAUGAUGACAUCUGUAAGAUAGACUUCGGAACACAUAUAAAUGGUAGGAUUAUUGACUGUGCUUUUACUGUCACUUUUAAUCCCAAAUAUGAUACAUUACUAAAAGCUGUAAAAGAUGCCACUAAUACUGGAAUAAAGUGUGCUGGAAUUGAUGUUCGUUUAUGUGAUGUUGGUGAGGCCAUUCAAGAAGUUAUGGAAUCCUAUGAAGUUGAAAUAGAUGGGAAGACAUAUCAAGUGAAACCAAUCCGCAAUCUUAAUGGACACUCAAUCGGGCAGUACCGAAUACAUGCUGGGAAAACGGUGCCCAUUGUGAAGGGAGGCGAGGCAACCAGAAUGGAGGAAGGAGAAGUAUAUGCCAUUGAAACCUUUGGUAGUACAGGAAAAGAUAUUGUUCACGAUGAUAUGGAAUGUUCACAUUACAUGAAAAAUUUCGAUGUUGGACAUGUGCCAAUAAGGCUUCCACGAACAAAACACUUGUUAAAUGUCAUCAAUGAAAACUUUGGCACCCUUGCCUUCUGCCGAAGAUGGCUGGAUCGCUUGGGAGAAAGCAAAUACUUGAUGGCUCUGAAGAAUCUGUGUGACUUGGGCAUUGUAGAUCCAUACCCACCAUUGUGUGACAUUAAAGGAUCAUAUACAGCACAGUUUGAGCACACCAUACUGUUGCGUCCAACAUGUAAAGAAGUUGUCAGCAGAGGAGAUGACUAUUAAACUUAGUCCAAAGCCAUUUCAGCAUCUUUAUUUUCUAAGCUUUGUUGGAAUACAUUAUACCAGAAUUAAUUUGCAACAUUUUGUCUGUUUUAACAGUGGACCUAUGUAAUUUUUAUAUCCAUGUUUUAAAAAGAAUUCGAUCAAAGGCAAACCAUCUAAUGUCAUUAACCCAGGAAAAAGCUUUCAGGACUUUCAGAUGUUAACUGUACCCCAACCCCAGCCCCCAGGAAAUGCUAUAAAGCUCAGAUUAGUUAGGAAUGACUUACACAUUUGUUUCAAACACCGAAGAGAUGCUUUUCAGAUAUUUAUAUUGCCAUAUUCUUACUUGAAUGCUUUGAAUGACUACAUCCAAUUCUGCACCUAUGCCCUCUGGUAUUGCUUUUUAACCUUCCUGGAAUCCAUUUUCUAAAAAAUAAAGACAUUUUCAGAUCUGAGAGCUACAUUUCAAUGUCUGUGGUUAUAAUUCAGGAUAGAAAGUAGCUGAUUUUGAUAUAGAAAAAUGUAGAGCCUUUUAGCUGGAUUGUAGACCUCUGUACUGAGAUGUUCUUUGGCAUAAUGACUAAGACAAGAUCUAUACAUGCAUAAAGUGGGACAGUCCUCUUUUCAUAAAUUAACAUGCAGCUUUAGGAAUAUUUUGCCUUGCUUUUCAGGAACAUAUUACUCCCUUUCAUUUUUUUCCUCAGUAUUGAAAAGUUGUACUACUUACUCAAAUGUGACUUAGGAACCUUGUGCCAACUUGAAGCCUUAUUUUAGUUUAAAAAAAAAAAACACCUCAUUUAGAUCCUUUGUUCACUGAUAGGAUUUAUCAAAUAUAUUCAGCUUACUAAAAAACUAAAGGGGACAGUAGGGCAAUAUAGUGGUUAUGGCACUGGGCUCCCUUUGGCCUACCACAAUUCAAGUCCCGGACCUGGUGACUUUAAAAUCAUGUCGGGUAUAUGUGUGUGCGUAUCCAGAAUCCCAGGUGGGGAAGGAAUUGUGGUGUGGCUAUCCUCCCCGGGGGUGAUUUCUCACUUUCCCACUCACUGUUUUCUCUGGUAAACAUGCACCGUAUGAUAAAAACCUUAAAAAAAAAAAAAUACCAAAACCCUAUGGGGCCAAUAAAUGGCUAAAUGGCUAUGUCACUGGUCUCCUAUGUAGUUGACCACGAUUCAAGUCCCAGACCCAGUGAUUAAACUCAUGCUGGGUGUGUGUGCGUGCAUGCCCAAGAUCCUGAGAGGAGAAUGGAGAAGGGGUUGCAGUGUGGCCAUCCCCGCUGGCGGGUGGAUUCUUGCUGUCUCUAUUGUCUCUCUGGUGAGCACAUGUGCCCUAUAUCAAAAACCCCUCAAAAAAAAAAAAAAAAAAAAAACCCAGAAAACCCUAGAAACCAAAAAGGGUAUUAAAACCACAAAUCCAACAACAGGCAAACUUCCCAUGUUUGGAUCUUGUUCUAGUUAGAUUAAAUUGCAAUUAUUUGGAUUUUUCACUAGCAAACCUUAUGCUGUAACAUCUGGCCCCUGGCUGGCUUGGACUCAGCCAUGAGAUUGGUAUUUCAGCAGGGGAGCCUAGCUUAUAGUUACUCCUUAGAUCAUCUAAGUGUUUUGAGUGUGACGAUUCAUACUGUGUUUCAACUGAGCCCCACUACUGAUUCUUUUAACAAACUGCAUAAAUUCCUAUCUGUAAAUGUUUUAUUGGGAAUGUUCCAACAUAAUUUCAAAAUUGUUAUGUACCAAGGGAAAGCCUUAAUUUGUAUAUGCUUUAGGGCAAGGUUUUAUUGCCUCUGGGAUGCUGUUUAGUUUGUAUUUUGUUUAAUGUUUUACUCUCUGGAAGAGAAACCUGACUUUUGUGCCUAGAUCAUUUGUUAAAAAGCUGCUCUUUGAGCAUCUGAGCUAUAAAUUAAUGUCACCUUGUGGGGAAAACCAUCUAGUUUCUAGAUACAAGCUUUUAUUAUGGUGCUAAUGUUACGUAACUGUGUUAGAAUAACCUCCAUUUCCUGUGAUGUGCUAGUGGUAGAGCUUGCCAGUUCACACCUGAACAGAGAGGAGUUGGGUCUUCCAGAUGGCUCCUUCAGGGUUUUAAGUCUUUACUUCUGUAUGUGCUUUGGUGGGAAGUAUGAAACAUCUUGGUAUCUGAACCCAGGAAUUUGAGCAUCGACCCCCGAUGGAGUGAAGAAUUUUGGAGCUUUGUGAGACCUCUUCCACAGCAGUGAUCUCAAACACUUUCUGAGCUCCAGGCUCCCUUCUAGGUAACUGUUGAGAACAGUGGCAUCACGUACGCCCCUGGAAGGGCUAGAGGGGGUAAGAUCAUGUGAAGAGGGAAGCAGUCUCUUACAGUUGUACCGUCUGCCUAUUAGUCAUGUAUCUCGAAGUCACUAUGUUAUGUUUACAAUGAUGUACCUUAUUGGUAAUGAAUCAUUAUUAGUUUGAUGUUUAACAAUAGUGCCUUUAGUAAAUUAUUUUACAACC